AUGACAGCACCUUUGAGGCUUUUCUUGCCUCUAACCACCAUUACUGCCUAUUCUUCUUCUUCAGACUUUCCCUCCAAGUCCCUCAAAUCCUUUCACUCUGCAAGCCCUAAUUUAAAGCUUUCCUACUCUUCCUCUCUCUCAUCUCACCACCACACAUGUACUGGAAACAAGACACCCAUUCGCUCCAAGCGGAAGUGGCUCUGCGGACAUAUGAGAAGAGAUCAAGACAUAGAUAGUCCAUCAAAUGAAGACAAUAAGGGUGCGAGUAUGUUUGGUUCUGAUGAAGAAGUAGGCACCCAAAUCCCAACCCAAGCUCAAUCUGUUGUUGAAGGAUCAGGAGCAGUUCUGGUAUCAGAGUUUAGAACUGUGGCCGAUGUUGAUUAUCUACAGGAAUUAUUAGCCAUUCAGCAACAAGGGCCCCGAGCAAUUGGCUUCUUUGGAACCCGUAAUAUGGGAUUCAUGCAUCAAGAACUUAUCGAGAUUCUUAGCUAUGCGAUGGUUAUCACUAAAAAUCACAUAUAUACAUCAGGGGCAUCUGGCACUAAUGCAGCUGUUAUCAGGGGUGCUCUCAGAGCAGAGAAACCAGAAUUACUUACAGUAAUCUUGCCGCAAAGCUUGAAGAAGCAACCUCCUGAGAGCCAGGAAUUAUUGUCUAAAGUCAAGAAUGUGAUAGAGAAGCCUUACAAUGAUCAUCUACCUCUGUUAGAAGCCAGCAGGGCCAAAGCCAUGGUUGCUUCUGCAGCACCUGAUAAGACUGAGGCCAAAAGGGUGUAUUUUCUUUCUCUAUCGAGACAGUUGAGUCCCUUUGAGUUUUCUAGGUUUGAUCAAGCAACUCAUCAAAUUGUGCCAAACAUCUACUUGAAUUGCUUGUGCAAUACUGCAAAUUUCAUGUCUUCCAUGUUGAAACUGCAGUCCGAUCUGGCUUACCAAGGAAGCCUUAUCAUCAUCACUACCAGUACCAGUAGAAGAAGAGGAUACCAUUUCCUCUCAUCAUGCGUUAGGAAUCUCAAUCUUGUGCCUUCCAUUCCCUCGAAAACCCUCCUUGUUCGUGCCAACCGAUCCAGGAUGAUGAGGAAAGAAGACCCCCGCGCCCCCCAGGUUAUCGAUGCACAGAGCAUUUCCAUACGAUCUCACCACAACCCUCCUGCCGUUGAUAAGCUUCAACAACUCCUGUCUACAGGUGGUGGUGGUUCUGGUUGGGACAAGUGCUGGGAGCAAGGUUUGACCCCUUGGGAUUUAGGACAGCCAACGCCUGUGAUUGCGCAUCUUCAUCGUCAGGGUGCUCUUCCCAAGGGCAGGGCUCUUGUCCCUGGUUGUGGCACUGGUUAUGAUGUUGUGGCAAUUGCAUCCCCUGAACGCCAUGUCACUGGAUUGGACAUUUCAGAGAAUGCCAUUAAGAAAGCAGCCGAGUUGUUUUCCUCACUUCCCGAAGCACGCUAUUAUAGCUUCUUAAAGGUGGACUUUUUCACUUGGCAUCCAACUGAAUUGUUUGAUCUCAUUUUUGAUUAUACGUUCUUCUGUGCUGUUGAACCAGAGAUGAGAUCAGUGUGGGCACGAAAAAUUCGAGAUAUUUUAAAACCAGAUGGGGAGCUCAUAACACUAAUGUUUCCUAUCAGUGAUCAUAUUGGUGGACCCCCUUACAAAGUGUCAGUUUCAGAUUAUGAAGAGGUGUUGCAUCCCAUGGGCUUUAAGGCAACCUCUAUCGUAGACAAUGAACUAGCUGUCCCACCUCGCAAGGGAAGAGAAAAGCUUGGAAGGUGGAAGAGAUCCCUAAGAAAAUCCUCUCUCUGA